AUGUUGAGCUGCGCCAUCCUCGACACAGUAGUGGCCGGAAUGUCCCGGUUACGCCCGGGCUUUCCUUCCACGUCGGCCGUCGGGAACAAGGGAGUUGGUGGCGGAAACGAUGUGUCAGCCUCGGAAGCGUCACCAGUAGCCGAUAGCAACAUCGGAUCCAUAGCACAGGAAAAGAGGGGCAGGGUACGCGGGAAUACCCCCAAGAAAAACGGCGACAUGGGCGGAAAGCAGCCUCCCCGAGACGGGUGGACCGGGUAUGAAGCUCAGGCUGCAGCCAAGACGUCGGCGGAAACGGGCGCCGAGAGACGCGACCUCGGAGGUCAUGACCGUGGUAGUUUUCAUGACAACAACAGCGUCACCACCACCAACAGCAUCGGCAAUACCACCCACACCACCCACACUAGCACCAAUGCCUCCAACAAGAAUGAGAAGGCGGGCCCCACCGGAGAGAACCUCUUGCGACCAUACGUCAUCGACUUGAAAGCAGAGAUCAGUCACGCGCAUCCGCAGAUCCUACGCCUUGGCGAGACCAUCCACUUGUUCCAGCCGCCUGACGCUCCUGGGGGCUCCUGGGAGGAGAUGGAGGCCGUUGCGUGGCUCAUAGAACAAAACCCGGAUGGCCAGGUGUCCGUCAAGUAUCGCGUCGACCCACGGGGAGACCGUGACAUGGUGGAGGGCUGCCCCCUGUUGAAAAAGAUCGGAGGACGAAAGUACGUCCCCGUCGGCCUACACCUCGGGCGGUACUCCGAAGGAGAGGCUCUCGCUGAAGCCUGUGAAGGCCGAGGCGUGCAGGCGGUGCUGGCCAUCGUCACAUCUUCGGGAGAGGUGGAGGUCGUGCGCCGCCCGGGACUCAAGGCGCUGGCGAGGCUGGCCUCCGACAACCGCCAGACGCUGCUAGAGAUAGGCCGCGCGGGAGGGAUCGAGGCUUCGAUAUCCAUGCUCCGAGAACUCGGUCGGUGCCGAGACGUGCAGGAGAACGCCUGCUGGCUCUUGGCGCUCCUGUCGCAGGUGGCCGAGUUCAGCCGAAUGUUUGGGGCGACGGACCAACAGCUCCGGGAUCAGGCGAACAGCGCCUUGCGGUUAAUGUCGACGGCCUGA